CUUCCUUUUUCUCAAUUGCUAUAAUCUACUUUUAUUAUAUAUAAAGAAAGGGAUUGCUAAAUUUCAUUCCAGUGGUGGCAAUUGAGCAAAAGUCAAAGGUUUUAGACUAAGAGCUGUAUCUAUCAACAGAACGGACAAAGUCCAAGGCAAAUCGACAAUGGAGCCCGCAGCACAAAAGACGAACUACUCCAACCUCGACCUGGUGGACGAGUGCGAUUCCUUCCCUUACUACCAAGUCGAUCCGGACCUCUACGCCGCGAGCAUAUCAACCUACUACGAGCUCCGCGUGCGCAACCACGCCUACGGCAUCGGAUACCUGCUCCCCUCCGUCGCCGAGGUGUUCCGCGGGGUCCCCAACUGGGACCUCAACGACGCGGACCGCAUACUCACGCUAGAAGCCGGCGACACGGCGGCGGAGCGGUCGGCGGCCGUCGAGCAGACGCUGCUGGCGCUACGUGCGACAGGGCACUUCAAGGUGCUGGAUAAGUGGCGGGACGAGUUGUAUGCGGUGUAUGGGCGCAACAAGGAAUUGUUGUUCAAUGUGGAGAGGAGCGCGGGGCCGCUGUUCGGGGUGGUGAUGUAUGGGGUUCAUUUGACGGCGUAUGUGCGGACGAAGGAGGGGGAGAUCAAGAUUUGGACGCCGAGGAGGGCGAGGACGAAGCAGACGUAUGGGGGCAUGCUGGAUAAUGCUGUCGCGGGGGGGAUUGCGUCCGGGGAGGAUCCGUUCGAGAGUAUGGUUAGGGAGUGUGCGGAGGAGGCGUCGCUGGGAGAGGAGCUGGUGAGGAAGGGUGCGAAGGCUUGCGGGACGGUCACGUAUCAUCACAUUCGGACGGAGAAGGCGGGCGGCGAGACGAAGUUGUUGCAGCCGGAGUGUCAGUACAUUUGGGAUCUGGAGCUUCCGAAGGAUGUGAUACCCAAACCGGGCGACGACGAGGUGGAGGAGUUCUAUCUGUGGUCGGUGGAGGAGGUGCAGGAGGCGAUGAGGAAGGGGGAGUUCAAGCCCAAUUGCGCGCUCGUGGUCCUGGACUUCUUCGUCAGGCACGGCAUCCUGACGUGUGAGAAUGAGAAGGACUACAUUGAAAUUGUGUCGAGGUUGCAUCGGAAAUUGGAGUUUCCUACUCUAUAGAGGGCUGGGCUAUCUUUGGACGCCAGUCUGGGGUUGGGUAUCCGGGCGCGCCAUGUUUGCCGAUUGAAACAAAAGGUUCUUUUCCAGAGAUAUACCAAACAAACAAAAA